AUACGGGCACUUUACAUUCACAGUUCGACACGAGCUAGCGCCAUAUUUUUCUCGGAAUCUUCAGAGGUAAGUUGACGGAAGUCUCGCUGUAACGCUCUUAGGCUAAACCUUUUUGUGUUACAUUUUAAUUGAAAUGACGCGUUUUUCAAUUAACUUUGCAUAUAUUCUUAAAACGGCGUGCUUUUUUGUCUACAAAAAGAUUCACGCCAGUUCAUGUUGCAGGCAUGCGCAAACCGGCAUUCUUGACGUUAAAAUGUGCGCACAAUCGACGUUCAUUAUCUCGCUUAAAAGACUUUCAAUCUUCACUUUUCGUUUAAAAUAAUACAUAAUAUAUAUAUAUCUAUUACUUAAGCAAGAAAAGAAUGCCGAAAAGCGAAAGUUAUAGAAUGAGAAAACCACGUUGUUAAUCAUAACCAUUUAGUCAUCCGUUACAACGUCAGAACUUAAGAUAACUUUAUUCUAACAGGUCUCUCAACUUUCAGUAGCCAUGGUAAUGGAAAAACCCUCAGCACACAACGUUGCUCGGGAAUUCGUCCGCCAAUAUUACACGUUGCUACACCAAGCCCCGCAGUAUCUCCACCGCUUUUAUAGCGCCAAUUCGAGCUUCCUUCAUGGAGGCAUGGAGAAAGCCGGGCAAGAGCAACCCGCAAUUUGCGGUCAAGAACAAAUCCACCAACGCAUAAUGGAUUUGAAGUUUACCAACUGUAGAGCUAAAAUCUUCCUUGUGGACAGUCAAGCAUCUGUUGGUAACGGCAUCGUUGUUCAAGUUAGCGGAGAAUUAUCGAAUGAUAAUGGCCCAAUGCGAAGGUUUAUGCAAACUUUCGUUUUGGUCGAGCAAGAACCGAGAAAAUACUACGUGCAUAACGACAUAUUUCGUUAUCAAGACGAAGUAUUCGAAAAUGAUGGACAAGAAUCGAACGAAAUACAUAGCGUUGAAGCCGUGGAAGAAGCUGGAGAUGUACAAGAAGAAGGUUACUAUGCUGAAAACGUUCCCGAUGGUGUUGAAGUGCAAGCAGCUCCUAUGAGCAAUGGAUCAGCUCACUUGGAAGAGGAAGAGGAGCAUAAAGAAGAAGAGAAAACGGAACCAGAACCAGUUGAAGUUGAAACAACACCGGAACCCCAACAAACUGAAGAAAAAACAAGCCAACCAGAGUCUGCUGCUAAGCCUACAUGGGCAGACAUGGCCGGCAAAAAUACAAUUGUCAAAACAGCCACGCCAGCCGCAACAACGACAGUUCCUCCUAAAACUGAACCCAAGCCUGUGGAGCAACCCCAAAGAGCUCCACGACGCGAACGGGGACGCCCAUCCCUUAGCCAAUCAGAGAGGGAAACUAGUAGGUCAGGCGGCGUUGAGAGUGAUAGUGAGGUCCGAAGCACAAGAAGGUUUCAGGACUCUCAUCAAGUUUUUGUUGGAAAUUUGGCGCAUGACACGACUGAAGAUGAACUACGCGAGUACUUUACACGUUACGGAAGUGUUGAGGAAGUUCGAAUCAUUCAAAAUAACAAAAAAACGAAAGAUGAACAAGAGGCCCCCAACUAUGGAUUCAUAGUUUUCAAAGAAGUAGGAUCCGUAGCAGCUGUUUUGAACAAAAGGGGACAGCUAACAAUCAGAGGCGAUAGGCGAUUGAAUGUUGAAGAAAAGAAGCCACGUGAUGGAGCAAAGGUGCCGUCUGGUUCAAUGGGUCGCUCCGGAUUGAACCGUCCGGGAGCAGCUCCACGAGGAAUGAGUGGACCUGGUGCAGGACGUAGAGGUAUGCCAACGAGGCCAGGCGGUGAUAAAGGUAACUUCUCCAGCCGUGGCGGUAGCUUUGCUAGGCGCAACUAA